AUGACGGAAGAGGAAGGGAUCAAGCAGAGAAGAGUGGGAGGCUUCUCAAGAAGCAGGACAAGGUCGAGGCAAGACGAAGGAAGCGCAGAGAAAGAGUGCAAUAAUGGAAAGGAAUUUACCACAACCCUCCACCAUUCCGAGCCUUCAGAACCUCCGUUCAGAGCCUCCAGUACCACAACACCACAAUUCCGAGCCUUCAGAGCCUCCAGUACCACAACCCUCCACCAUUCCGAGCCUUCAGAGCCUCCAGUACCACAACCCUCCACCAUUCCGAGCCUUCAGAGCCUCCAGUACCACAACCCUCCACCAUUCCGAGCCUUCAGAGCCUCCAGUACCACAACCCUCCACCAUUCCGAGCCUUCAGAGCCUCCAGUACCACAACCCUCCACCAUUCCGAGCCUUCAGAGCCUCCAGUACCACAACCCUCCACCAUUCCGAGCCUUCAGAGCCUCCAGUACCACAACCCUCCACCAUUCCGAGCCUUCAGAGCCUCCAGUACCACAACCCUCCACCAUUCCGAGCCUUCAGAGCCUCCAGUACCACAACCCUCCACCAUUCCGAGCCUUCAGAGCCUCCAGUACCACAACCCUCCACCAUUCCGAGCCUUCAGAGCCUCCAGUACCACAACCCUCCACCAUUCCGAGCCUUCAGAGCCUCCAGUACCACAACCCUCCACCAUUCCGAGCCUUCAGAGCCUCCAGUACCACAACCCUCCACCAUUCCGAGCCUUCAGAGCCUCCAGUACCACAACCCUCCACCAUUCCGAGCCUUCAGAGCCUCCAGUACCACAACCCUCCACCAUUCCGAGCCUUCAGAGCCUCCGUUCAGAACCUCCAGUACCACAACCCUCCACCAUUCCGAGCCUUCAGAGCCUCCGUUCAGAACCUCCAGUACCACAACCCUCCACCAUUCCGAGCCUUCAGAGCCUCCAGUACCACAACCCUCCACCAUUCCGAGCCUUCAGAGCCUCCAGUACCACAACCCUCCACCAUUCCGAGCCUUCAGAGCCUCCGUUCAGAACCUCCAGUACCACAACCCUCCACCAUUCCGAGCCUUCAGAGCCUCCAGUACCACAACCCUCCACCAUUCCGAGCCUUCAGAGCCUCCAGUACCACAACCCUCCACCAUUCCGAGCCUUCAGAACCUCCAGUACCACAACCCUCCACCAUUCCGAGCCUUCAGAGCCUCCAGUACCACAACCCUCCACCAUUCCGAGCCUUCAGAGCCUCCGUUCAGAACCUCCAGUACCACAACCCUCCACCAUUCCGAGCCUUCAGAGCCUCCAGUACCACAACCCCCCACCAUUCCGAGCCUUCAGAGCCUCCAGUACCACAUCCCCCCACCAUUCCGAGCCUUCAGAGCCUCCAGUACCACAACCCCCCACCAUUCCGAGCCUUCAGAGCCUCCAGUACCACAACCCCCCACCAUUCCGAGCCUUCAGAGCCUCCAGUACCACAACCCCCCACCAUUCCGAGCCUUCAGAGCCUCCAGUACCACAACCCCCCACCAUUCCGAGCCUUCAGAGCCUCCAGUACCACAACCCCCCACCAUUCCGAGCCUUCAGAGCCUCCAGUACCACAACCCCCCACCAUUCCGAGCCUUCAGAGCCUCCAGUACCACAUCCCCCCACCAUUCCGAGCCUUCAGAGCCUCCAGUACCACAACCCCCCACCAUUCCGAGCCUUCAGAGCCUCCAGUACCACAUCCCCCCACCAUUCCGAGCCUUCAGAGCCUCCAGUACCACAUCCCCCCACCAUUCCGAGCCUUCAGAGCCUCCAGUACCACAACCCCCCACCAUUCCGAGCCUUCAGAGCCUCCAGUACCACAACCCCCCACCAUUCCGAGCCUUCAGAGCCUCCAGUACCACAACCCCCCACCAUUCCGAGCCUUCAGAGCCUCCAGUACCACAACCCCCACCAUUCCGAGCCUUCAGAGCCUCCAGUACCACAACACCACAAUUCUGGGCCUCCAGAACAACCACCAACACCUUUAA